GCCCGGCCGCCGGCGCACGGUGUCGGCCACCACCGGAAAACGGCCGAGUCCACUUUUCGGGAGUGCAGCCAUCAUGGGACAUCGGCCGUCGCUGCUGAGCAUCGACUCGGCGUUAUGGCUGCUGCUCGCCGCCAGUUGCGCCCGCCGCGCGACCGCGCAUCCGUACCCCAAGGACGACUUACACGCCGCCGGCUAUGGCUACCUCAUGCCGCGCCAGUGCGCCGAGUACUGCGGCUACAACAACCAGUAUUGCUGCCAGUCCGGGUCGCAAUGCUACACCUCGAACGGCAUUGCGGGCUGCUCGGCGGCCGGCGGCGGCGGCUAUGCCUGGUACACGACGACAUGGACCGAGACCAAGACAUUCACCCGGACAUAUAGCUCCUUCUUCCCAGCCGCGACCGCUCCGGCAGGCGGCGGCAACUGCGUUCCGCCCGAAGGCUCCGGCCAGAUCGCCUGCGGCAAGAUCUGCUGUGCGAGCUGGCAGUACUGCGCCUACGAGGGGCAGUGCAUGGCGAACGUCCCUGUCACCACUGGCGGCGGAGGGUCGGUCCCGACGACUAUUGUCACCGGGGGCCAGACCAUCACCACCCAGUUCGUCGCGCCAGACCGAGUGACCGGCUCGGCGACAUCGACGGGCACCGCUGAAAGUGCUACCACCAGCACGGGCGCAGUAAGCCCCGGGGGCUCGGCCGGCCAGCUGAGCGGCGGCGCCAUAGCCGGCAUCGUCGUCGGCACCAUCGCCGGCGUUGCGCUGCUGCUCCUGCUCUGCGCCUGCUUCGUGGUGCGCGGUCUGUGGCACGGCCUGCUCGACCUCUUGGGUCUCCGGCAUAAGGAGAAGUCCGAAACCAUCAUCGAAGAGGAACGGUACACCCGGCGGGGAUCGACGCACUCGCGGCGGAACGCCCACGGCUCAUGGUACGGCGACCGGCCCAGCACGGUAGCGGCGCGGAAGGAGAAGAGCAGAGGCGUCGGCCUGCUCGGCUUGGGUGCUGCGCUCGGCACGUUAGCGCUGCUGCUCGGUCUGAGGAGGAAUAAGAACAAGAAGCCCCCGCCGCCGCGGACCAGGAGCGACGUUAGCAGCAGCUACUACUGGUCCGACUCGUACACGGUAGACAGCCCAAGUGAGUAGCCACCCACAUUUACUUGCCCCCACCUCAAGUAUCUCCGAGGACCGUUUUGCUAAAUUUUGUAUCAACAGGCUCAAGAAGCAGCGACAGACGGACCCGGCAGUCGGCCCGGCAUAGCAGGACCGCGAGCAGGGUGACGAGGACCACGCACACCCAAACCCAAACCCGGGUGU